UCUAAAGCACAAGUGGUUUGAUAAAUGUUAAAUUUUAAAAAGCAGUUUAGUAAUUGAUAAGUAAUUUAAAUAAUCGACGAAAUUAUGGCGUACUGCACCCUGCUCGGAAACUUACUCCGUUUCCUUUUCACCCAAAUUUGUAUCGUGCUCGUCACCCUAAUAAAUCUGGUCAGUCUUCCUCUGCUGACCCCAGUUCUCGUCCCUGUCUUAAUUUAUCGAUACGUUCUGAACAAGAUUGGGCCAAUUUUGAGACCUCAACUGGGGGCAAUGGUGACUUCGAGAGGUGCUAUUUUUUCGGGGGAUGCGCUCUUCGAGAGGAAAAGGCCAAAAGUGAACAUCGUCAUCCAAUGCAGACUCAACGGCCGGUUGGAUAUCGACCAAGCCAAUAAGAUUGCUGAGGAACGAAUCCUCUCGGCACGAAGGGACGAUGGAAGUCUGAUGUAUCCCGAACUUCGCCAGUUCCCUACGACCCUGGGCGGCUUCUACUUUUGGGAGUGGGAUCCUACCUUUGACAUCUGGAACCAUGUCAAGCACCACCGCAUCGAACUUGGGCCGGAUUAUUGUGGCGAUGAGGACGAACCCCUCGCUAAAUUCCAUGAACAGCUUUUACAAGCUGAAUGGCCAGAGAGAAAACCAAUCUGGGAAAUUUGGGUGGUCGAUGUGGACAAAGGUUCGUCCUCCCCCACGAGGACGACCAUUUUCGUCAAGACGCAUCACUCUCUGACGGAUGGGUACUCAUUGUUGUCGCUUUUCAGCAAAUUUGCUGAUGUUCCAUAUUCCUCCCUGGAAAAUCCGAUUCCUGCCCCAGUUUCACGCCCCCUCUGGAAAAGGGUCGCCUUCUUAACCACAUUUCCCCUCCGAACGGCCUACGAACUGAGCUGCGUCACCGUCCAACGUUACAGCCCGUUCGUCUCGCUGCCCUUCCUCGUCCCCUCGAAGCACCAACAUCAGUCCCCCAUGCGCUACAUUUGCACCAAACCCAUCUCCGUCGACAAGGUGAAAGCGAUCAAAAAUCAUUUCCGGGUCACGUUCACGUCCGUCGUCAACGCUGCAUUGGCCGGCGCCACGAGGGAGUUGAUGAUCUCGAAGGGCGGCACGACCGCGUCGCACAAGGCACGUGUCAGACAUGUUUUUUUUACCCAUUUUCUUAAAAACUGCACUAAAAAAAUUAGUAACUUAACAUAG